CCAGAGUAUAUGCUCUAAAAUAUUCUCCAAUCUGUUGUAAAUUCGCUCAAGUAUAUAAUAAUCACAUCACAUCAGACCCAAAUUCCUUCCAUCACCUCACCUCACCUCAACCCUCUCUCUGUACUUUUCAGAAGCAGAUAGAUAAAAGUGGGAAAACAAGCUCUGUUUAUGAACACAUUGUGAUUCUGUUUUGGAGAUAAGAAGAAGAAGAAGAAAGAUAAUCAAAACAUUUGCAGAUUAUCUUUCUACUUUGCAUUUCAAGGCAUGGCUAAAGAACAGAAGUCACAGUUGGAGGUUCUGAAUGCACUCGAUGUUGCAAAAACACAAUGGUAUCAUUUCACUGCAAUUGUGAUUGCUGGUAUGGGUUUCUUCACAGAUGCAUAUGAUCUGUUCUGCAUUUCACUUGUCACAAAGCUACUUGGUCGGAUCUACUAUCACGUCGAUGGUUCUCCGAAACCCGGUUCUUUACCACCAAACAUAUCAGCUGCUGUUAAUGGUGUUGCUCUAUUCGGUACUCUUGCUGGACAACUGUUCUUUGGUUGGCUCGGUGACAAAAUGGGCCGUAAAAAAGUUUAUGGUAUGACCCUAGGUAUAAUGGUGGUUGCUUCUAUUGCAUCCGGUCUUUCCUUUGGUCACACACCGGGUACAGUUAUGGGGACUCUGUGUUUCUUCCGAUUUUGGCUGGGUUUUGGCAUUGGUGGUGACUACCCAUUAUCUGCCACCAUCAUGUCUGAGUACUCCAACAAGAAAACUCGUGGUGCCUUUAUCGCUGCUGUUUUUGCCAUGCAAGGAUUUGGAAUUUUGUCGGGUGGAGUGUUUGCCAUCGUCAUUUCUUCUAUAUUUAAAUCUGUUUAUAAAGCUCCUCCAUAUGAGGUUGAUGCCCUUGGUUCGACGGUUCCUCAAGCUGACUACGUCUGGCGUAUAAUUCUGAUGUUUGGGGCAAUACCAGCUGCAAUGACCUUUUAUUCGCGCUCAAAAAUGCCUGAAACUGCUCGUUACACCGCGCUAGUUGCAAAGGAUGCUAAGAAAGCAGCCGCAGAUAUGUCCAAAGUUUUACAGACCGAGAUUGAAGCUGAGCCAGAGAAGGUUGAGACAAUAAGAGAUGAGAAGACAAAUUCAUUUGGUUUGUUCUCGAUGCAGUUUGUUCGUCGACACGGAGCUCAUUUGUUUGGAACUGCCAGUACAUGGUUUUUGCUUGAUAUUGCAUUUUACAGUCAGAAUUUGUUUCAGAAAGAUGUUUUCAGUGCAAUUGGAUGGAUUCCUAAAGCAUCAACUAUGAAUGCUCUCGACGAAGUUUUCUGGAUUUCUAGAGCACAGACCCUCAUUGCUCUAUGCAGUACUGUUCCUGGAUACUGGUUCACCGUAGCUUUCAUUGACCACAUCGGAAGGUUUUGGAUUCAGCUGGUUGGUUUCUUCAUGAUGACAGUUUUCAUGUUCGGUCUUGCAAUCCCAUACCACCACUGGACACAACCAGAUAACAGAAUAGGAUUUGUUAUCAUGUAUGCACUCACAUUCUUCUUUGCAAACUUCGGCCCCAACAGUACUACAUUUGUUGUCCCAGCUGAAAUUUUUCCUGCGAGAUUAAGGUCUACUUGCCACGGUAUUUCGGCUGCUGCAGGCAAAGCAGGUGCAAUUAUUGGUGCAUUUGGUUUCUUGUAUUUGGCUCAAGACAAAGAUCCCAAGAAAGCAGAUCCUGGUUAUCCUGCAGGAAUCGGUGUGAAGAAUGCUCUUAUCGUGCUGGGUUUUGUCAACCUUUUGGGUAUGUUAUGCACUCUGUUGGUUCCUGAAUCUAAAGGAAAAUCACUUGAAGAGAUGUCUGGAGAGAACGAAGAAGAAACAGCUUAGCUUUUUAUUUUAUUUUAGAGAAAUUAGGAUAGUAGUAGUAUCUAGUAGCCUUCGUAUUCCCUAUGUGAAAUAAGUAUUGGUGUGUUCAGAUUCUAAUAUUUCAGCCUUCCUAUUUAUUCUUUGUACUCCAUUUCAUCAUGCUUGCAUUUGUUUUGUAAGUAAAAACAUCAUCAUGACCUAUUCUUUAAUAUUAUUUUUUUUUUUUU